UUCUAUUUUUUUAAUAAUAGAUCAUUACUUUCUGUUGAACUACAUAAAAUAUGUUAAAAUUAAUUGUAUAGCUUUCUCUCCUAAUAUAACCAACAAUUUGUUUUCAUCAAGAAUAUUCAGGAAAAAUGGCAUCACGACAGAAAAGGUUGAUCGAGGAUCUUCAAUCAGAUCUUCGUCUUUUGUCUAAUGAAACAAAGCGACGAUAUUCUCCUGUAAAAGAAGCUGCAGAGUCUGCAGUUAUGAAAAUCCGGACAGCUAUACCAUCAAACUCAAGCAAUAUUACACCAAGCAAAUUAACCGAGUUAUUGCGAGAGUCUUGCAGUGACAUAAUGCAGCCGUUUAUCAUGGGUUGUGACACUCGAAGCGUGCCAGUUAUACAACUUUGUCUUACUGCAAUACAAAGAAUAAUAACCCAUGAAGUUGUGGAUGAAAAAAACGCAGUGAACGUGGUAAAUAUGAUGUGGCUUGUGUAUGAACAAGGUCUUGAUGAACUUCAACUGCGGCUACUUCAAACCAUUAUAGUUCUUGUUACAUCAAAAUACAGUCGUCUCAAUGGUCAACCCCUGGCAAGGGCAAUUGUUCUUUGCUUUAGAUUGCAUUUCACCAAAAACGAGGUGACAAAUAAUACCGCGGAAGCAACUAUACGUCAAGUUAUCUCGCUUGUAUUUGAGCGUGUUGUUGUGGAAGAUGAGGAAAACUCAGUGUUGGAUUUGACAGGAGAAGAUUAUUUGCCUAAAUCUGGUGGAAGUAAAUUUGAUGUUCCUCUAAGUUUAACACCAACAGUAGCGGAUGCUUAUAAUUUAUUUCAAGAUCUUUGCCAGUUAGUAAAUGCGGACAGCCCACACUGGAUUGUUGGAAUCACUGAAAUGACAAGAACAUUUGGACUUGAACUCCUGGAAAGUGUUCUGACUGAAUACGAGGGGAUUUUCAAGAAACAUGCAGAGUUUAAGUUUUUAUUAAAAGACAGAGUCUGUGCUCUUGUGAUCAAGUUGUUUUCACCAAAUAUUAAACACCGCCAAGGAGCCCCACCACCCCCAUCUGGUGCAUUGCCAACUUCCCACAGUGAUAAACCAUACUUUCCAAUAUCUAUGCGCCUUCUGAGAGUCGUUUCAAUUCUACUUAAAAGGUAUUAUAGUUCCCUUAUUACUGAAAGUGAAAUUUUUCUUUCUUUACUCAUAAAGUUUUUGGACACUGAUAAACCAUUCUGGCAACGAGCUAUAGCUAUUGAAGUACUCAGCCAACUGUGUGCUCAACCAAGACUUUUAACUUCUUUUUGUAUGUCGUACGACAUGCAAGUUCAUAGUACAAAGAUAUUUCACAACAUGGUUUCAUCACUAGGAAUGCUCAUCCAGAGUUUAUUCAUGCAACGACAGUCCAAUAGUGGGUCGAGCUCCGUACUUGAGUCAUCAAAUUAUACGUCAAGUACACUACAAUAUAACUUUGAAUAUCAUGGUGUGAGUGUUGUACUUAACUCUCUACCAUUGAGUACUUCCAGCUCCAUAAAGUACAUGUUUAUGGAAAUGCUUGAUAAAACAGAUCCAACACCAUUACCAGAUGGAUACAUUUUUACCAUAGCUUACACAUCGAUGAUGGAUUUGAUAUGUGGACUUUCUGCAAUGAUUGAUAAUGAUCUGGCAGAUAAAACUUCAGACAGUGAAAAAUCUGAUGUUCAUGUACUGCAGGAAAUGGUUAUUUCUUCAUGGUCAGUUUUUCUCUCCAUUCUCUCUUUGCUCUUGGAAGCAAGUAAUGAUGAAUCAUGUACUGCUAGCAUUCUAAAGUGCAUUGAGUCUUUUACCGGAGUCUGUGGACAACUAAACUUAACUUCGGCCAGAGAUGCAUUUAUUAUAGCUUUAUGCAAAGCAUCUUUGCCAGUACAUUAUACUGUACCUGUUCUUACAUUGUCUUCACCUAAACUGCCACCUAUGAUGUACCAUGAUAAUAAUUCUUUUACCACUGAUCAACAAAACGUGGUAGCAGUUGGACAAUCAUUUCCAAAUAACACUGGUGUACAGCCAAGUGCACUAGGUACGGUGUCGCUCACAUUAAAAAAUGUUCAGUGCAUGAGAACCAUUAUAACACUCGCACACACUCAUGGUGCAUACAUGAAUACAGCAUGGCAAUUAGUGCUUACAACACUGCAACAUCUGGUUUGGAUCUUGGGUUUAAAGCCUGUAUCUGGUGGACAACUGAAACCAGGUUCAAGAUCCAGUAAUGACAGCAACAGUAAUACACCAAGCACAAUUCUUACUACUGCCGUCUUAACAGAUCUUCCAGAAAUAUCAAGUAUGCUUACAGGAUUGUUUGAAGCCUCUCAACACCUGGAUGAUGUUGCUCUUCAUCACUUAAUAAAUGCUCUCUGUUCCUUGUCCAUGGAAGCCAUGGAUACAGCUUACAAUAGCAGCAUUAAGGAACCAAGCGUAUUUGCUGUGGCUAAGCUACUUGAGACUGGAUUAAUUAACAUGAAGAGAAUCGAAAUAUUAUGGAGACCGGUUACGGGACAUUUACUUGAAGUCUGUCAACACCCGAACACCAUCUUACGUGAAUGGGGAGCAGAAGGUGUUGCAUCUUUGGUGAAAGUAGCACUGAAACAUUACCAUGGUAAUCAACUUAACAGCAAUCCUAGGUUGCUACACAUGUUUCUCUUACCCUUGAAAGAACUUUGCUCAUUUUUAUACCAUGACACAAGACAAAAACAAUUGGAUGCAAUUUUACACAUUUUACAUUGCUGUGGUGAUUCAUUGUUUUCUGGCUGGCAAGACAUUUUAGACAUUAUUGGUUCAGCUACAGAUCGCUCAAAUGAAUCAAUAGUACGCCUUGGGUUUAAAAGUCUUCAGUUGGUGAUAUCUGAUUAUCUGCUUUCUUUACCAACAAGUUCAAUAUCUCAGUGUAUAGAUGUGGUUGCAUUGUACGCAAUGCAAAAGCAAGAUUUUAACGUGAGUUUGACAUCAAUUGGGUUGCUUUGGAGUAUGUCGGACUACAUGCUGGUAAAUAAAGAAAAAUUAGGUGGUGAAACAAAAAGGAAAGUCAUGGGUGAUUCUGAAAAUUGUACUGCUUCACCAGAGAUCACUGAACUUUGGAUGGAUUUGUUCAGUAAAAUGGGUAAACUUUGUGUAGAUCCAAGGCCAGCAGUGAGAAAGAGUGCGGGUCAGACAUUAUUUUCAAGUAUUUCUGCACAAUGGUCCACAAUGACAAAAGAAACAUGGUACAAAGUAAUUUGGAAGGUACUCUUUCCUCUGAUGGAUGACGUGCAAAAAACUUGUGUCAAUGCACCACGCAAUAGAAAUGAAUCGCAUGAGACGAAUAUUUUGAUGCAUCACUCCAGAGACACAGAAGAAAAACAAUGGCAGGAAACUAUGGUAUUAACCCUCGCCGGAAUUGCCAGAGUAUUUAAAAUGAAACGACCAGUCUUGUUGGAAAUGAAUGAUUAUGAAAUGGCAUGGAAAAAGUUACUGGACUAUAUUCAAGCAGCUUCCACUAACAAUAGUGUUGAAGUUUCACGCUCAGCACUUUGCAGCUUUGAAGAAGUAUUGAAUCCUACAGUAAAUGGAGAUUCAGCUGUUGAAAAUAUUUCACUUUGGAUCAAUGCUUGGAAAGUUUGGUGUAACAUUGGACUUAAAGCAGCCAUUCAACCCCCACCGGGACAAACUUGUCCUGAUGAGAUGCUCUCUCAGGCUUACCUCACUUCUUUAGUGAUAUUGUUUCCUACAUUACAUCGACAUUGUGUGGAAGAAUUUACCACACAAGAUUUCAAAUUGCUAGCUCAAGUUUUAUAUGGGGUAGUGUGUGUGCCUGUUCGCUCUGAUGCAACUGCAUUUAUAUUGCCCACUUCUAAUGAUGUACUUACACCGUUGCAAGAAGCUGUUGUAAAUGCUGUUGACAUUGUACAAAAAUCUGUGUCUUAUAAGUCUGAAAGUACCAUAUAUCCAGCUGUUUUUGAUUUCUUACUUUCCAUUGUUAAAUUCGCAUCACACCCACCCACUUAUGGCGAUAUUAAGGUACAUACUGGGUCUUCUGACAAAAAUAAAUGGAUAUGUAUCAACUACAUCCAGUUUGCGGAGUACUGUAUUGGAACGGUGGUCGACAUUUUUCAGAUGACUGCUUGUCAUAAAGCUGUUAUACAGCAUACAAUCUUAACUUCCAUUGUAACUAUAUUACAUGAUUUGAUUAAAAGGAAAUACUCUACACAAAGAACUACAACUUGGCAGCUUGCUGUUAAUGCAUUGGUUAAAGUACUGCAAGCAGGGCUUCCAGUGGUGAGACAGCAUCCCCAAUUAUCAAUAUUUGACAACUUAUGGGAAGAGUUAAUAAGCUGUAUAGAAGAUUUCCUAUUUCCACAAUCACUUCCACCAGCAACAUUGUCUGUAGAAAAUCAUAAACAACUGGAGGCCUUUGAUGUUCUGUUGAUUGACAUGAUACGUAGUGAAAUAUUACCAUAUAGCUCUACCUUCCCAAAAGAUUUUUUGUCAAAAAUAAUCAGUAUAUUGAACAAAGGAUCUGUUCCUGCCUGUACGAGAGACAUUGAAUUACAGAUUGGUAAGGAACGACGAAGAGAUGAACUAAGUAAACACUGCUUUAGCACAUUAUUCCAGUUUUCCAUGCAAAAUUACCCAAACGAUGGCACCCUUGAGUCAAAUGAACAUAAACUUUCAGAGAUAAAUGAGAUGACCGUCACAAGUCUUGUUCAAAGAUGCCGCAGUUCCUUAACCCAAUAUACCAGUGCUGAUCGACUUAGAACUCAUUUUCCAUUUCCAGAAGCUCAACUAAAUGAAGUAAUGUUUGCACUGAAAGCAUUAGAUGCACUACUUGUGAGACUAAAAUCCUCCAAGCAAGUCAUAGACAAGUCACUUUGGUGUCAUGUUUUAGAUAUGUAUCCGGUGUUAGUUGAAUGUAUACCAACAUCUUCAGCUGAUGUGCGAAAAAGUGUUGCCCAAGUAAUUGGCCAUUUUCAAGCUUUUUUGUCUGUAAACGACAUACCCUUACCCUUGUAAUAGCUUGCUGACGUGCAAUAUUUUAGAUUGUCAUUUAAGUGAAUAUGGUUUUAAAUAAAUAAUAUGUUGGUUUUGAAAUGCACAAAAUGCGCUUUAAUUUAUGUAUUUGUUAUUCAAAAAAAGUUAUUGGUUUUAUUAGUUCAGUUUUAACACCUUGUUGCAUUCAUGUCUACACUAAAUUUUUGCAAACCUAAUUGUUAAAAAGGAGCAAUGUAUGUAAAGCUAUUUUAUUUGCACAUGCUUUUCUAAAAUAAGAUUUAAACACUUUCUUUGUUAGUUUAGGCCAAGUGAAUGCCAAAGUUUGCCUAGUCUUUGUAUUAUUCUAUAUUAUACUGACUUCGCUUUAACUGAAAUUCAGUAAUGCCGGUUCUUUUGUGUAAACAGACAAUCACUAUAAACAAUGAUUUUUUUCGAUAUUUCAUACUUUUUUCUUGUUCCUAUCAACCAGUAUGUAGUUAUAAUGGUGAAAGACUGUUUUAUGUAUUUCAAACAAAAAUUUUUUUAGUUCAUUAUUUCCAAAUGUUUAAUAUAGUAGGAUGGGGGAAGAUGGGACAUCUUUUCAUUCUAUUUUCUCGUACAUUUUGGUAGUAAGCAAAGAACAUUCAAAGAUAUAUAAAACCUUGCCCUCGCGACUUUCAUAGACCAUUGUUAAUUGUUUAAAACACAACCAGGAUAUUUAUAUAUUUUGUGCUAAAGGUGUACCAUCUUUCCCCACCCCACUAUAUGUUUAGUUUGACUUCACUGAAACAAAGAUUAUUAUUCAUUAGGAUAAGUGUUUAAAUUGUUAUCGACUAAAUUAAACAUUAACAAAACUCGUGUCGU